AAGCACUUCAGUGAUAACUGCACUGGCUGAGAUGUUAGCUCUACUUUAAAUGUACCCUGGUCCAGUUCCUGAGAUAGUCUGGUACAUUUGGAGAGGUGGGAAAGUUCAGUUUAAGUCUGAUGUGGACCAAACAAGUAAAGUCUGGUGGUUUGUUCACAGUGUGAAAGCAAAGAGGAAAAACUUAAAAAUCAAAGGGGAGAAGUGGUAUUAAGUGCAGUGCAUCAUGGGUGAAUAUCUCGCUUGGUGUCUGUAUAACAAGGGUGUUAUAUCCUUCAUCAAGACUCUCCUUUUUUUGUGACACUGAUUUAUUUCUGCAUCAUGGCUGUUAUUUCGCCCACAAAUCAAAUCGAGUUUUUGACUAUCAUUUGUGAAAAACGACUUCAGUGUGCGAAGAUCCUCCUUUUUUUUCUUCUUAAAUCAGUGUAACCUAACACAAAGACUUGGUAAAUUUGGUAUGAACAUUUAAGAAAAAAAUAUUGGGCUUUUGUUCUCUAUUAACAAAAUGACAUACUGCAAAAUAGGAAAUAAAAACAACCUGAAGACUAAAUCAUUUACCUUCACUUCGAUCUCUCCACGAAGCUGCAACUCAUAAGCAUUGUCUUUAAUCAGAGCCAAGUACGUCUCUGAACUGGCGUGGAUUUUCUGAGCUGAAACGCACAAGUUUAAAAAAACAACUUCGUUCAUAGAUCCCCGCAGUUUCAACAUAAAAAAAUCAGUCUUAAUUUAACAAAAUUAAAAACAAAUCUGUGAUCUGUAACAAAAAAAUAAAAUACGAGGAAAACGAUAAAACCGUGAGACCAGAACAAGAUACAUUUAAAAUAUAAAUACCUACAUACACACUACUUAUCAUAAUAUUUAUUUAUGCACACACGCCUACAUAUCUAUUAGGUAAUGUGCUGUUGCAUUUAAUUUACACAAUAAAUAGAGGUUAAAGUACAAACAUUGUAAUGAUAAUAAAAGUCAGAACACAGAUGUGUGUCAGUGUGUUGCAUGUCUUAUUGCACGUACGCAGGCUGGUGGACUCCAUUCUGGAGGCCGUGUUGACUGUAUCUCCAAACAGACAGUAUCUUGGCAUCUUGUAGCCCACUAUUCCUGCCACACAUGGACCUGUAAGGCAAAAAACAAGACCUGAAGAUGGUGAUGGAUGAAAGUUAAACAUAAAUUAUAUUCUCCUUUUUUCAAACAGUCACAAAUCAAGAGGCUCAAACAUUUGGAAUUACAAACACAGCAACUUUCGUAGCAAUGCAAAGACCCCACUGUAAGACAGCUCAGAUCUUCAGCACUCUGCUGACACGUUGGUUUUGUUAGAAAAGCUUCCCCUCAAGUGCAGCAUCUGAGCUCAUCUCACCUGUGUGAAUGCCAGCUCGGAGCUGCAGCCUCUGAUUGGGCAUGUGAGGGAUUGACACCUGCCUGACGGCCGCAACCAGAUCCAGAGCCAUCUUGGCGAUCUCGUCAGCGUGUCUGUCCCCGUUCCUCUCAGGUAGACCACUCACCACCAUGUAGGCAUCUCCAAUCGUCUCCACCUGGUUUCAGUGGGUUUAUAGGACAAAAUUAAUCAGCGGAUGACUUGAGAGAUGACAUGAAAUGUAAAUAUUUGAAAUCUUAACGUGAAAGAUAUUUAUAGUCCAAAAAGAAAAUAUCAGCCAAUCAAAAGACAUGACUGUGAAUGGAAUCUGUCGUUUUUGCAGAGAGGUUUGGUGUUUGUGCAGCUGGAAAGCACGAAGGCUCAGCUGCUAUGAUCAGUCUAAUCAGUCUAAUUAUCAGUCUGAGUAAUAAGAGUAGACUCAAUAACUGUUUUAAGCUGAACAGGGAACAAAGGCACAAUACUUCUUAAAGAAUAACAGCCCACAGCUCUCUGAAGUCGGACUGUGACAGUGAUGUUUGGAGAUGUGAUUUUAAAGGCAACACUAGGAUCUGAAUUUCUUUCUGUGUGUUGACAUUUGAUUGUCACCUUGUAGACGUCGUAGGAGUCGAUGCGUGUGUCAAAGCACAUGUAGAGGUUGUUGAGCAUCUCCACAACUUGCAGAGGAGUGCAGGAGGCAGAGAUUGACGUGAAGCCGACAAUGUCUGAAAAGAAAAUGGUCACCUGCAGCCAAACAGGCGAAGGAGAAAAACAUUAUAUCCACAGGACAUAACCAGGUAAAAAUACAUUCACAGUUUAUGUAGCUACUGUAAUGGAAACUAAUCCCAUGCAACAAUAGUUUUUAUGAAUCCUGUUGUCACAAACAGCAAAGUCGUUAUUUGUUAUACUCUCACAUCCAUACAGACCACAGCUCUCUGUAACUAACAACAUCUUUGAUACCAGAAAAGUGGUGUGCACAGGAUAUUAAAGGGGCAGCGGGAAAAGUAAAAACAAAAAGGACACCUCCUGUAUAUCCUGGGGCACCCACACAGAAUGUUAUCAUCAAUUUAAAUGAUGUCUCUCACUUUUUGGCCCAGCAGUUGUUAGCUUAUUAGCGCUUAUAGUAGGUACAGCCUAUCUCACGUCAUGCUCACUCUGUCCCUUGGCUUUUCAGACACACACUGAUACAAACACCUGCCUCCUCUUGCUCCUCUCCCUGCUCUUCUCUCUCUUCCUCCUGCUCCUCUCCCCUCUCCACCUGUGGCUGCUUGAUAGUUUAGGGGCAGCACCCAUGCUCUGCUGUUAAGGGAUUCAUUCAGCAAGUAGGAUGUAACAGGGGAAACACAGCAGGCAGCACAAUACUGUUCAGUCUCGGUUUUUAUAUUUUAUGAUCAUGGGGGGACAGAAUCAUAAUCAAAAUCUGAAUCAUCACCCAGCUCUACUGGAAGGCUCUCCAAAGGGCAUUAUUUUCACAUUUUAUGUACCAGAAAAGUACAAAGAAGCAACUUUUUCCAAAUUCUAAUACUGGAGGAGUAUAUAGAGAGAACUUUUUCCACAUUUCUACACAUACUGGAGUAGCCUGUAGUUCUCUGUGCCUCUGGCUAUUUAAAACCAAAGUCCUGAUCUACCUCUGAUUCCACCUUAAAAGGGGUAAGAAAUGUCUUCUUCUUCAAAAAAAAAAGCACCAGAGAGCCUUGGAGAUCUGCUAAUUCUGUAAAACAUACCCAGAUCUUGGUGUCUUAUAUCUUCUUUCAAGAACACUCUCAAGCUUAGUAUUGAUCUAGAAAUUAGCACAGGGUCCUUUUCAGUGACACCCCCAACCCAUCCCAUCACUGAGAGCUUUCGGUCCAGCUGCUUCAAACCUCUUCAAUAAGCCAGACGCAAUUUUCACCCAAAUAACUUGUUUUAUCUCCUGAUGAAUAUGGAGCAGGGCAAUUAUAGGUAAUUAGGACAACAAUGGCAACAAAGGCAGCAAACACACACAUCGAUUCAUCGUGUUUGCAGAUCUUGCGGAGGCAAAGCUGUCUCACAGCACACCCCAUAAACCCUCUGAGCAGCGUGAGCUCUGGAUCUGCAUUAGAAGUGAACAGAGAGGAGGAAAUGUUUCUGUCUUAUCCGUCUUUGACAUCUUCAUUUUUCUGUUUGCCUUUGAGGUUCAUAGUUUUAACAGUCAGAGUCUGAAUACUGUAUCCAACUUGCAUUUGUAGACACUAUUUCAAAUAUAUCUCUUGCUUUUCUUUAUUGUUAUUCACCUUUAAACCCUUUUUGCAAAUUUCAAUCUCUUUGUGGUGCAGUUAUUUUGAACCUCAUGGACAUUAAGAAUAAAAUUAUGGCAUAUUACAGGCACUCAGAGUCUUUCUAAAUAAUGGCUUUAACACAAAACAGUUCCAGCAAUACCAAAACAUCUUUCAGUUUCAACUCCUUUUUUCAUCCUGAGGGAAGAACCAGAUAUGCGUCUCAGUGAAAAUAUCUGAUCUGUAGCAGAUUGUUAGCUGACCAUCGUUCAGAUAGUGAAAUAAAUCAGAUCACUGCGAUCAGAGCCAUACAGACUGUUAAUACUAAGUCAAUAAAAGUCAGACAACAAAUGCAAACCAGAACACUUCUCAUACCAAAGUCCAGUCCUGAGAUGUACAGAUUCUACAUUUUUUAUGUAGAAUCAGCAAACAAGGGUAAGCAGUCUGGAGAAAUGUGAUGUUUUUAAUCAGUGUUUUUGUUUGCUGGAACAGAGUCCAGAGUCUCACUUGGGAGGCUCAGUCAGCUGUUUGAUAAACUGAUCAUAGUGUUAGGUCAGGCAGGCUACAAUUUUAAGCAAUUCUUCCAAAGGAUCAGCUGAUCUUGACGAAAGCCCAUGACAGCUGACAGCUCAGCCCAUUACCUUCUACACAUCCACUUGGCAUAUGUCAAACUGCUUCGGCCUGCCUACUCUUUCUGAUUCCUCUGCAAACUACUGUGCAACCCGCCUUCACCCAGCUCCUCCUUUUAAAGCAGUGUUUGAUUCAAACAGUUUCAUACUUAUUGUCACUGACUCCUGCACUGUUGUGUACCCCUAGGGUCUUUGCUGCUGCUCUCUCUGCCCCCAUUCCAGCUCCUCCUGGUAACACUGAGAGUGAUAUUAUCAGUGUCAUUUAGAUUGUCAGUGAUUCCUGCUCUGUUUUUUACCCUGACAGUCUUUGCUGAUGGUCUUCCCUGCCUCAACCCCAGCUUCUCCUUUUUUGCUGUGUUUGAUUUCACCAGUGUUAUAUGUAUUGUUUCUAAUUCCUGAUCUGUUUAUUACCUGGAAAGUCUUUGCUGAUGUCCUCCCUACCUCUAAUUUUGUUUUUUUGCUGUGUCUAAUUUUACCAGUGUUACAUGUUUCAUUGCGGAUUCCUGAUCUGUUCAUUACCUGGAAAGUCUUUGCUGAUGCUCUCCCUGCCGACACCCCAGCUUCUCCUUUUAAUAAUGUGUUUGAUUUUACCAGUGUCAAAUGUAUUGUCAAUGAUUCCUGUUUUAUUUUGUAGCCAGGAUCUUUGCUGAUGCUCUCCCUACCUCUACAUCAGCCCCUUUGUUUUGCUGUAUUUGAUUUUACCAGUGUUAUAUGUAUUGUCACUCAGUCCUGUUCAGUCCUGUAACCUGGAGGCCUUUGCUGAUGCUAUGUCAGCCUUGGUAGUUUUUUUUAAUGCAUGCAUGUGAAAUAGAGAAGAGGUUUGAUCUCCCUGCCUUGGGCUUUGGCGUUCCAAUUUAACAUCUUUAAGGGCAGGGAGCACUUUAUAAAAGAGCCAUAAUGCCAAAUAUAACUCAUUGCUAGGGAUUCAUGUCAUCAUAUUAACAAAUUAGUCCACUGACCUUGUCAUAGCUCUCAGCCUCCACAUGUUUCUGCUGACGAAGCUGCUUGGCGACUGACUUCGGUAGCAUUUGGUGCAGCAAAUCCUCGGCCAGCUGUCUCUGAUGCUUCAGGUCCUCAGUCUUCUCCUUCAGAGUCUGGGCAUAGUUCUGAAUCCACUCUGUCAUCUGCUUAAAGGAGAACAUCACCACCGGGUAGAUGAGGCAGGCCAAGGCCAGAAGGCAGACCCUCAUACUCAGCCCUGAAGAUACAGAGCGAGACGCCAACCUGAGGGCCUGCGCUGCACGAUCGAACAAGCAGCGCUGAGUGUUUUUAAGAGCUUCAACUCCAGUUUGAGAACCAGAAAGAAGCUCAGUGUCAGUACCAGAGAUCUGCCACUGAGAAUUGUCAAAAAUAUUAGAUUUUCCACAUUUGCUCAAAUUUGACUUGAGCUCCAUGUUUUCCAACCAGCAGUCGUUCAGUUGCUCUGUCAUGACUCUGGCAAAGCUAAGGUAGCUGAGCACAUAACUCCACUUUUCCUUAAAGUCAGUUUGAGUCCCCACACUGGGAAAGUCCAGUAAAUGUUGGUUUAAUUCUUUAAAUCUGACCAGAAGUUUUGCAGAAAGCACAUCUCUCCAGGUGGGAUUGUAUUUGACUUUUUCAACUGUUUCUUCCACUGAACCCCAGAUAUCCAGUAGGCUUUCAAUGGUCAGAGAGUAAACGGAAGUUGCAUUUUCCCAAGUGUUGUUUGUUUGUAAAGAAGAAUUCAAGAUUCGUUCAACAUCCCUCCAAAUGUCCUGACAAAAUCCUGCCAAUUCAACGCCACAAGGGAUCCCAAGUCUGUUACUGUGACCUGCUGUAUCUGCACAGAUGUGACCAAAUGCAGGAAACUCAACCUCUGACAAACCCCCCUCCAAAGUCUCAUUGUUCAUGUCUUUGGCUAAUAAUCGCCUCAUCUCUUGAAGCUUGUUGAUGAGUUGCAGGAUGGCGAUCGUCCUGCAGGAGGUCAUUUCAUCAUAAGCGGCCUCUGUGGAGUGCAGAAGGUCAAAGUUGGAGCUGAGGUCAAUGGAUACGGAGCCAAGCAGAGCCAGGAAAGAAAGGAUGCAGGCUGUCAGAAUCCGACGGACGGUGCGACUGCUGCCAGCCACAGAAAAUAAAGGGCAUCUGGAAAAAACAAGAGCAGUUCAAAGUUUUCAAAAGGCAGAUUACAAAUAUCAUAAAAACACCUGAAAUAUGGAGCAGGAUAAAAAAGGAGGAUUUACUUUGGCUGUUUCUUUCUGUUUUGUUAUUGAUAUAAUCUGCUUUAAACCAACUGUGCAAAAGGCUUUCAUAUCACAGAACUGUAAUUUUUUUGUUGCUUCAUGUCAGAGAUUUUUUCCCUUUACGUUUUUUCUUUACCUUUUCAAUAUUAGUUUAACUUUCUGUAUUUUAAUUUACUUUUCAUGCCUUCACUUUUUGGGAACUCUUUUUUUUUUACUGUAUUAAUCACAUAUUUCCUUUUUGCUAUUAGUGUGCUUUAUUCUCGGACCUUUUUUUGAGUCUCACCUGCAGAGCUGACAGUCCCCCUCCGCAUCCUGAAGCCCCCUGGGAGCGACCCUGCUUUUCUUGAUGAACCUCCUCUGAAAAGAAGCGGAGGACAGCGUCCCUGAAGCCAAACACUCUUUUUUCAUCAAGUCCACAGAUGACAUGAGCCUCGCGCUGCAGCUCGAGCACCAACUCGGUCUGUGACCCGACGGCAUCACAGAGGGGGACUCCAGGGAGAGGAGUCCCGUCAGAGGCAGGAAUAAGCGAGCAGCAACGUUGAACUACAUCCGGUUAAUACUUCAAAAUAAAACGUAUACAGACGCGCUGUCUUCUUCUUCUUCUUCUAAUAAUAAUAAUAAUUAUUAUUAUUAUUAUUAUUAUCAUUAUUAUUAUUACUAUAAUGACUUUAUUUGUAUAGCACUUUUAAAAACAGAUGUUUACAAAGUGCUUUGACAUGUAGUCGUAUAGCACAUGGAAAAAGACAAAUACAAACAAAAAGCUCCGUAAAAGCGGAAUAAAGGCCAUUUUCAUGUCAUUAUUGUUAAUAAUAAUAAUAAUAAUAAUAAUAAUGAAAUGUAUUUAUUUUUAUUGCACUGAUUUAACAGUUAAACAGCCACAUGAAGCUAUGGUACCUUCCACCCUCUUUUUUGGAGGGAAUCUGCUCAGAAACAUAAAUCUUUGUUUUUACAUUACUCUUAAUUCAUCAUAAAAACACAGUCAAAUAUGUCCUGUUUUAGCCUCUUCACUCUGCAUGAGUUGCACAAUUCUAUUUUUACUUUGAAAUCACAACGGAAGUACUUUAACUGCCUAACUGAUGCUGUCUUUUUUCUGUUCAACACUUCCACAUUCUUGUAAAGACUCGAACUUAAUUCUGAUGUAUUAUCUGACUCUCUCCUUUAGGUAGUGACAUUUAAUUUGCAAAAUUGAAUUUCUUUUUUUCCCCUCUUUUUGCCUUGUGGUCCUUUUUUUUUCUUUUGUUCCUUUUUUUUAAUUUCAUUUAUUAAUUUUGUGUUAUUUCAUGCAGAAAAAUGAAUAUAUUAACUUAAACAAUUUAUCCAAAUAAAUAAAUAAUUGAAUAAGGUCAUAUUUUAAUCAAAGAUAAAAUACACUGAUGGAUUAAAUUGAUUCAAAAAGGAAAGGCCAAAAUUUAAAGCACCUGUAACCUGAAACUUUCAACCACCUUGAUUUUGAUGCCUCCUGUGGACAGAGUGGUACCUCUUUUUUUCCCUGUUCAUUUUGUUUUUCUUUUUGGACCAAAGUUUUUUCUCCUGCUUGUUUUACAUUUAAACAUAUCACUCAUCUUCAGAAACACGCAAACAGCCAGUCCAAGCAACUGCAGUCAAUUAAUCUGGCUGACAUCUACCUCUAUCACUGAUUUCAGACAUAAAAAAUGACUUUAUGAAAAUACUUUAUCUUUACAUGAUACACAAUACACAUCAUACUUCAUCUUUAUCACCUUAUUUUAACCUUUUUGCAGAUGGAUUAAGUGAACCACAGGUUUUUAUUUCUUUCCACACUGUUGAUCCUCUUGUUUCCCUCUCUGACAGAUACACAGCGUCUGGUUUGAUCAUUUAAUUUUGCAGGUAGACCGUGUCCUCAGCGUGGACCUCUUUGUUUAGUUCCCACACAGCGGGACAGCUCCUCUCAUUGGACGCUCAGAGUCAGCUUAUCAGACAUGUGUUCAAUGCCCUGCUGUGACUGUCAUCUCCCAUUCACCAUUUCUGACCAUACUACCACCAGAGUGAAGUCAGGCACCAUAAAACCAGAAAUGAUGUGACUUUCCUUCAGAAUAAACGACAGAGGACGAGUCAGGCUGAGGACUCCUCAAAUCAAAUAGGCUGAAUAAACUCACUGGCUUAUUUACACCUUUUCCCAGAGCUGUCAUCUAUUUCUUAUACAAAAAUUUCUGCAAAAAAAUAAAGAGCUAUCCAAAUACAUUUUACCUGUCAAACACAUCUGUUUAAGUAUGAAUACCUAAAACGAUACAGCUCUUUAAUUCUGGGGAUGUACUUGAUGUUAUGUUUACGGUAAAUCUUUGUUUUUUUUCCCCAUUUACACUUUUUACUUGUUCUUAAAUGUUAUACUUUUUUAAACAUUUUUAUAAAUACUUAAAUGUUCUUGUUAUUCUGGGCUCUUUGAUCUUUGUUAUGCACCAUUCACAAAGACAAACUGUGUGAGAAAAUAUGUUUUUUUUUUUUUUUUUUUUGCACAUUUAGGGCCAAACUAAACUUUCAGUUCAAGAGUGAAAUAAGAUAAAAACCUCAAACUGGAACCUCUAAGAAUAAGAGUAACUUUUUAUCCCCGAAGGCAAAUUCAAUUAUCUGUAGUCUCAAUUGUCAUGUCUCAAAAAGUCAUCAACUAUUUAUCAAAGAGUUGUAAAAAGAUCUUCUGAAUCUUUCUGUCCUGCAGCAAAGAGAGAAGAGCCGUCCACCACCAUUUGCCCUUUGGUCCAUCAAGGUGUUGUGAAGUGGGUGAUCCAUGUUCUUUAGAAUAGUCUCCACCUUCCUCAGUGUAGCUCUCUCCACCACAUCCUCCACUGAGUCCAGCUUGAGUCCAACCACAGAGCCAGCCUUUUUCACCAGUUUGUUGAGAUGUCUUGCAUCUUUGCGUUUAAUACUUCCUCCCCAGCAGACUGCAGCGUAGAACAGAACACUUGCCACCACAGACUGAUAAAACAUCUGCAGCAUCUUACUACAGAUGUCUAUUGAUUGUAGUCUUCUCAGCCAAAAGAGGCGGCUCUGCCCCUUUCUGUAGAUGAAGUCUACGUUCUCAGACCAGUCGAACUUAUCAUCCAUGUGUACACCUUCAUAUAGCUCUUGACAUGUCUCUCAUUUAACCAGUAUCCUUUUACCUAAAUGAAAAAGACGAAGAAAAGAAUUCACCCCUUGUACUGGUUGCACAGAUGUUUAGUUUUGCUGUAUGGGUGUUAAGAAGGCUUCUUUUAGAGGUCGCCUCAAGUGGACACUUUGGGAACUGCAGUUUUUGCAUGUCCACAUCAGUUUCAUACUAUGACAUCUGAGGGUGCUGUUGCAGGGUCUUUGCGCUGGACUGGUUAAGAAAUCUUAACUUUGUCAACUGAACUUAAUUUUGUUUGUAAACCACUCUGUGGUGGUCUAAAUCAGAUCAAAGUGCUGUUGGUGCACCAAGAAGAAAAAAAAUCCUUGGUCCAUAAAUGUCAUAUAACUUAUUUUCUUAAAGUGAAUCAUAAGAGUAAAGAAAAUUCCGGCUCCUGCUACCCUGUAAAUAAAAAUAGAAACCUCUCUCCUGCGCAUGCUGGUUCUCUCAGGUACCAACACUGACAGUAGUGACCGAACAAUUACCAAGUAUGAGCUACACAAUGCAAAAAAGAAAAGUAAUGAGAAAAACGACCAAAAGAAGAAGACAAAAAAAAGUUAAAUUUACAAAAUAUCAGCAGAAAAAUAUGAUAAACAAUGGAUCUAAGAAAAGCAAAAAUCAAACAAAUAAAUAUAGGGGGAAAAAAGGUGGUAAACUAAAUACAACGCAUGAAUAUACCCUAUGUUCUCAGUUUUUUUUUAAUAGCUUUCGGAGCAUUGCUCAACUAUUUUAGCUAAAUACCCAAAUUAAGUUUUUUUCUUUUUGUACAUAUAUUUUUACGUAGGGUCCAAUUAAUUUCAAACUUCCACAAGCUUCUUCUGUUGACACCCUUUUAUUCAAAUUUACUACUUCAAAUGUUGGCUGACUUUAAAGGGAAAACCAUGUUACUAUGACAUAUUGAAGGAAAUAUAAUUGGUGGAACAAAAUUGUGCUUUAUUGUGAAAGUUGUUGCCGGAAGUCAGUUACAUUCAUUUCUACGGUUGGUCGUUACGCACACAAGCGCGCACAGCAGCAGCAGCCGCAGCAGUAGCACUGUUGUGUCUGCUGCUUGUUGAAGCUCAAAAGUGAAACAUAGCAAAGAUAUGAGUCAGUUUCUAACUUUGCGUGUUCUCCUCGUGUAACCGGGUGAGUUUGCCGGUGGUUCGGCCUUCUUGUGGACAUUUGUCGGUGUUAAAGAGGCGGGCUGGCUCCGGUUCCUCGCGGAGGGAGUAAAUGAAAGCGUUGUUUGGGGCCGUUGAACAAAGAGCUUUUCUUCCCUCUACCAUUGUUGCCGAACGGAGCGCCUGUUUCCUAACUCUCUCUGAGGGGGUUUCGGACGGUUAAAGUAAGCGAACUACUCUGAAGUUUGGUGGUUUUUUGACAAAGUUGGCUUACGUGCUCUCUAGGCCUAUUGUGUGAUCAACUAAUUUACCUAAUAUUCAACUAGCAAAUCCCUCUGAUCAGUGGGCUGCAUUGAUUGGACUCUGUUAUAAGUUUACGCAACAUUGAUAUUGGCACAUAACCGAGAUAGUGAAAGUAGCUUACAACACCAGCUUUCACUUAUAUUUAUUUUGUAUACAAAUAUAAACUAGAAACGACUUACUUUUUAGAGUUGAUAUGCCUCUAGUUAGUUUAGUUUGUUAUGAAACAGAAUAAUUUGAAACGCCAGGUCUCUUUAUUAGCCCAGCACAAAUCGAAAAUUCGCGAUAUUAUUAGCGAUAACGAUACGAAGCUCGAUACAUUAUCGGAUAUCGAAGAUUACGUGUUUGCUUCAAUUUGCCUGUCUACUGUUGCACAUGGUUCUCACAACACCUUGCAGCAUGCAGAAAGCCCUCCCUGAUUCACAAUAAGUCUAACAGCAUUUCUAUUUGCCACUUGAUGUGUAGAAUAACGUGAGAGAAGUUUGCAGUUUAUGUAGCGUAAUCUUUCUGCAUCACAUUGUUUUGACUGCACUGCCAUUGUAUCCAGGCCUCUCUCCAGCAAGUUACACAUAAACAUGCUGCAUGAUAAAAACAUGGCUAGUUUAUGUCAAACCUAGAUCAAGGCUUUUGCGAUAUUUUUAUCCAGAAUAUUCUUAUCAUGAUUAGUUGAGAUUGGCUUGUUAUUAAUUUGCUGCAUCAAUCUGCUCCUUAGAUGGAAAUCAGUCUGUCAUCUUUGGUGCGUUCAUGUUUUCAGUUUGCCUAACACCACAUGAAUGCAGUACAUGUGCAGCCAAAGUCUGUAUGAGUAAAAAAUCAAAACUACCACCAUUGAUAAGAGUUAUCUUUCCUAUACAUUUACUGACAAUAUCUGAAAGACCUGCUGCUCUGGGAAGGUGUGAGAGUAAUGAAGAGCGUUUGCUUUAAAUAUUUUCCGCGGUGAAAUAUUACAACAGUAAUAUUAUAGUAAUAAUAUCAACAUUUUACCCUGUCAACAGUUGAUUCAUUAAAGACACUGAUUUGAUAACAGCCAAUAUGUUAAUUCUGUUUAAAUUAAUAGAAAGUAACAAUAUUUACGUUAAAACCUGUUGGCAGUCUAACAGUCUGCCCCACCCUCCUGCUGCAAAAGGAUGUGUCUCCACGACCCAAGUCCAGCAAAUUUAAUCCAGAUAUCUUCAUCGUAAACAUCAAUAGUUUCCUUCUACUUAAAUCUAUAGGCUGUAUGCUCUAACUUAAGUUUUCUGCAAUCCAUCUUGUGUAAAAGCAGGUUGAGGAUGUUUAUUUCUCCUCAGACUAAGUUUGCUAAUUGUUGCACUAGCUGCAACAAGUGUUUUGCAAGUCGGUCAGUGACAUUCUGGUGCCACUUGGUGGUGAGAAGUUUGAACACCUUUCACAAAUUCUGUCCUGUCGUAGACGGAAAUUAAGUUAGGAAAUGCAAAAACGACUUGAUAGAAAACCAAAUGUAAUGAAGGUUCGGGUUUGAUAAUUGUUUUCCUUGUAAACAUUGGAACUGAAAGUUUGAAAAGGAACUCAGUAUGGUUUAUGGUUAGAUAGAUGUGCCCAGCUGUUGUGCAGAUGUGCUGCAUCAGACAUCUUUGUUGAUUGAGUAUGAGGUUGGGGGGCAGGAGGGGGUCCUUAGCUGAAGUAGCAUCCAUGUUAACAGUGUUAAACUGGUGGACUUAAUCAAUGUUCUUCAACACUCGAAACUAGUCAUAAACAUGCACAAAUAUCAAGUUUUACAAACAGAAUAAAUGUACAGCAACUAUAAUGUUGUUCAACCCAUUCACAUACUGAAUUUCCCCUCAGGGAGACAUUAAGUUCUUCUCAUCUAAUUAUUUAAUGUCAUCAUUUACAGUCCCUUGAGCCUUUGUUUGGUGUGCUCGUCCAUUGUCCCAAAGUACAAGUGAUUGCCACUUCCGGGUCACUUCAUUAUCAUCAUCCUGUGCUGGUUCAUACAGUUGAAUUAUAGUAUCUGUUUUUGACCUGAAAAUAACAGUUUGUGGUCUGCCUUUACACAUUUAUUGUGUGAUUUAUCAGAUUGCACAGAAUUUUAACAUUAAUGUUACUGUAGAAGGAUAUUGUAUUGAAUGGUUUCUUAUGUUGUAUUGAUCUUUAUCUAUUGAAUCAUAUCACUUUAUGAAUAACCUUUGCAGUUCCCAUCCCUCCUUACUCAUGUCAGUAGAUAUUACAGGUACUGGUUUGUCCACAGGGGGGUGCCUGAAUGGAGCCUUAUGGACACUUCAUUGUAUUAAAAGCUCUGCCAAUUAGGAACUUAAUGCUCAUGGAAAUGAAACAUAACCUAUGAUACGACUUUGAUGCAGAUUUGGACACAUUCACAGCCACUCCUACCAUCAGCAUCAUUUCAAACCUUCAGCAGAGCUAAAAUCUCAGGUUAACAGCAGGGAAAUACAUAAAGAUUGAUGAUGAAAUUCUGAAAAGAAAUGGCAAAAGUAGAAGUUAAAAUUGAGGGGGAAAGUGCUGUAGUGGAUUAUAUCUGUAGUAAACAAAAAAGCUCUCAGGUGUGAAAGGAGCAUCUGUAACAAGUCAAGCUAAAUAAAACUAACACUACGUUUGCAAAAGUAUCAAAAGUAAUUUGAAGUGCUUUGUUUGGAGCGUUGGUUACUUUGUAUAUUUGAACAGGAGGUCUCAGGGUACAGGUCCCAGGUCCAAGCACUCUGUUGAAUUAGUCGUGUUGUUUGUGUUUACAGGUGAGGGGCGGCCUGUGCUCCAGUCAUGACCUCUGGGAAUGGGAACACUAACAGCAGCCAACACAAUGGAGAGAGCAAACCAGCCCAGGCUUUAGUCAAGUCCCACAUCCUCACCCAUCUGAUCGAAGGCUUCGUCAUCCAGGAGGGAGCUGAGCCUUUUCCUGUGAGUACCACAGCUCUGCAUGUAUCUGCCAAAUAAGACAUGAUCCAUCUGCAGAGCUUCACAAACUUGAACACAAACCAAAGUUCUUGUUUUCUCUUCCUGUGUGUGUUUCCACUGCAUUUGGCAUUCUGUAUCUAGGAAAAUUAACCUGAAUAAUGCAAAAAAUUUAAAGGCAACUUUUUACAAUCAAACAGAACAAAGAAAAAAUGUACUGAUCAACAUCUGUGAAUUUAAGUUAAAUAUGUCUAGAAUAAGAUACAGCUCAAAACAAAACAAAAGAUUGAAGGCUGAAGAUCUCACCCAAGAAUUCUUGGACCUUUUAGAGGCUAAAAUGAUUUUCCCACAGGUUGAUUCAGACCCUGUUCCCUCUGCUUUCCCCAAAGAGUUCCUAGAUCAGAGAGAGAGACUCAAAGAUAAAGCUUAUUAGGUGGAAAUGAGCAGUUGCACAAACAAAAUUAAUUGAAACCACACCACAGAGUUGAUUUAAUCCAACACAGCAGAAGUUAAAGUAUUUGCAUCCCCUCUUUCCUCUUCUUCAAUAUAUUGUGAUUAUUAUGCUCUCUUAUUUAUCAAAUAUUGAAAAUGACUACUGUGUCUUUCCAUUUGCUUACCCUAAAGAUUGCACAAGAGCAAAAAGGUGUGUGAUAAUGUGUUCUGUAAUUUAUGACAGUCUUAUUCAGUGCUCUCAGCUGUUGCAAUAAAGUCAUUUCUCUGUCUUCAGGUGGAACGUCCGUCUUUCUCGAUUGAGUGCCUAAGGAGACACACAGACUCAAAGAUGGAUGGCAUCUCACCAAAGGGUAAACCUCUUUUCAUUUAAAGCUCUCGGCCUGGCAGCUCGGCUCUAUUUUGAUCUGUAAAAUUAUGGUGCACUAUGUGAAGUUGACUUGUCUGUCUGUUCAUGCAUGAAUGUGAUACUAGGGUUUUUCCUGAGAGUAAUUUUGCCUUGUACAUCUAACUGACUGAUGAUGCACUUUCGCUCUUUUGUUUACUUGUUGCAAUUAAUGAAUCUCUAGAAAAAUGUUAAAAAAACAAGGUCAAGGUAUUUUUUUCUGCAUUUUCACAUGAAAACCUUGGUGAUAAAUGCGCAAAAACACAAAAGGAAAAGAGCAUUGGCUUUACCUUCUGCUCUUGUUUAAUCCCUGAGUUUCCUGGCCUGUAUAGAGAACAGUAAAGUAGGGAAAUCAGAGCAUGUCUUAAGACUUAAACUCUGUCCGAAAGCUCGUUCGUACAUGCAAGAGGUUGCAAAUGUACUCAAUGAGCAAUAAUCAAAGGUGAUUUGAAAUCUGGAGUGUUGUCACACCUUUCUCACCUGUCCAAGUUCUGCAUGAAGGAAUCUUGAGUGACAGGAAACAAAAUUGGCUCUUGAUGAUUCAAUGAACACUUUGUUUGCAGCAAAUAGAUGCCUGAGGGCGAUCUCAAACACCAUGCUGUGUGAGCUUGUUUUGCCAAGUGUUUGUGCAUUGUCAUGUUUGAGCUCAUGACUGAACUGUCGAUGCUGGCAAGUUAACCGAGAGCCACUGGAGGCAGAGUAGACUCUAUGGAUCAUGACCUUGUCCUGAUACAGGGUUUUUCUGAGCAUGCUGUCAGCAGUAGUACCUCAGCUGUUUAUCUGACUGUAUUGACCGUGUGUGCCCCCCUCCCAACUCUACCCCCUCUAGAGUUAAAGGCCCAGCAGGAGCCCAUGCUGACCUGUGAGCUGUGCGGCAGAGUUGAUUUCGCCUACGUCUUCAAAAGAUCCAAGAGGUUCUGUUCAACGGUCUGUGCCAAACGGUAAGAAGAGGACAGUAUGUCGGCUCAGUGCAGGAGAUUAGAAAAUAGAGAAGCAUCAUAUUGCUAUUAGCAGAUAAGAACAUUUCUGCUGGAAAAAAAGGUGAUGCGUUAAUUUUGCGCAUGCAGUGACAGAUUUUAGAUGUUGGUUAUAUUUAGGUGUUUUGAAGUGUUGGAAACAGACAGCAGACACAUUACUUAAUGUCUACAUUUAAAAAGAAUGAAUUUAUCAUCUAAGGUAGAAUCAGAUAUUUGUCAUGUUUUAUGUCUGGUUCUACAACAAAAAGACUGGAAAGCAGAAAAGUUUUUAGAGUGGGUAACACAGCUGCCCUUUUAAUAUUGGGAGUCUGUAACAGUGUCACAGAAAAACUCUGCUGACAUCAAUUUUUUUAAUUGAUCUACAGCAGUGUAAUAUUGGUUUUCCACCAUCUGAUGUCACAUUACAUUUUGGCAUUGCAGAAGCAUGAGAGAGAACAAAACAAAGUGGGAGUUUUACAUGAAUUCACACACAGCCCUGCAUGUCCUGUCAGCUCUAAGUGACCCUGUCUGCUCUCUGUAACACCUCAGAGUCAGACACUAACUGAUGCCGGCACAACAGUGUGACUACUGGGGCCUUGUUAGAGCCCAAAAUGUAACUAUGGCCUAAAAUGUUACAAAAAUAGAUGUAAUAUAACCCUAAAUGUAAUAGUUAGUCAGUUAUGUUAUUUAGUGUUUAACCCAAAAUGUAAUUUAAAAAAAUGUAGUAAAACCUUAAAUGUAAUAACUAACUCAAAAUCUAUGAUGUACCUACAUUUGGGCAAAAAGUUAUUAUGUUUUGGGCUCAGCAUCUUGUUAGAUUAUGGAGCAGUUAUUACAUUUUUGGUUUUAUUGCAUUUUUUUAAUCACAUUUUGGGUCAUUAUAAAUAUUGGGCUCUAACAGGCCUAUCAUCAUCAGACCUCUGAGACAGUCACACUGAAGGCAAUGACAUUACAGAGGACUGAAUAUCAUACCUGACAAUACAAAAAGGGUCCAGAGGUUUUAGUCUGCUUUACUUCAGCAGUAUUAAGCCUCAGAAGAAACUGACGAACAUAAACAGCUGUGUUUUAGACCAGAUGUAGAUCCUACCCUUACAAAGAAAAACAGAAUAUGACCAUAAUGACAUUUCCAAUCAAGGUGUGCUCUUUAUGCCUAAUGUUUAGUUCACAGUGCCUCCUUUUCUUUACAGUUACAAUGUGGGAUGCACAAAGAGGAUGGGUCUCUUUCCAAACAGAAAAACUACGCUGGAAAACAUGAAGAAACAGAGAGCGCUGAACGGAAACCUCAAAAACUGCAGCUUAGAUUCAAAGAAGAAGGUGAAGCACUGUUUGACUCCAAAGUUAUAAUAUUUGUAUAAAGUAUAACUGCAUUUUCCUUCAUAAAUAUCAAUGAGGUCUCAUCCCAUCUUCUGUCUGAAUUAAAUGGAGUCGUCGAUAGUUUGACUAAAGCGUGUUUUUUCCCUCUCAGACUGCUCCCUCUGUGCAGAAGCCUCCUCCUCCUGCUGCUGCUCUGUCUCCAGGUCACUCGGUCCAUCCCGCACAGGGAGAGUCCAGCCAGUGUUCAGACCUGUCUGGUUACAAAAGACCCCUGUCCCCCCUGUCGCCCACCCAGCGGGUUCCUGCUGUUCGAGGCUCUGAUCUUCCUUUGCUGCCCCACAGUUUCCUGCCCAGUGACCCGGGCCAGUGGAACAUCGAGGACGUCUACGAGUUCAUCUCCUCUCUGCCAGGUGGGCGUUUAUCAGAUCUGAAGUUUUAGAGAUUAUUCCCUUCAUUUGUUUUGAUGCAUAGUACAAAAUGUGCAGUUGUAGCAUUUCCCUCUUGGUGUCUAGUAAGCUUUAAUUUUGAUAUCAAGCAUUAGUGUUGUCUUCUCUCAUAACACCAUGGUUUUAAAAAAGCAAGUAUAGUUUUUUGAUAAAGUGCUUUUAAAAAAACAAAAGCCACAAAGUGAUUUAGAGAGAUGAAAUAAAACAUAUAGACAGCAUGAAAAAAGACAUGGCCCCAUGAGCCACAGCUGAAGGUGUUUGAGAAUUUGAAAAAAAAAAAAAACAUACCUCAGGCACUGGAAACAAUCACUCAUGGUGCAUCGAAGCAAGAGUGAUAAUUAACCUCAUUCAAGUCUGAACAGGCGUGUAGACGACUUUUUUUAUUCCUGCUAAAAGUUAGUGCGGGGUAAUAAUAGUUUGAAAUGUGUUUGACCUGAGUCAGGUUUAAUAACCUGCAGCCAGAGCACGUACUCUUCAUGACUGAGAAGCACAUGUUGACACAGCAGGGUCAGCUGAGUUUGUCUUUAUGUUGAUCACUUUAACAAAACUUCAUCUCAUUGGUAAAUAUGUUACUUUUGACCCCACUGAGUUUAUAGGAGAGCUUUAGUUUUAUCUGCUAUUAUCUGCUUUUCAGGUUGAGAUCACUAAUGCAGUAUAUGAUGACUUAUGAUAUUGUGUAUUUACUGUAUCCUGCAGGAAUUCACAUUGCUACCCAGCUACGUAAACAAAUCAAUUAAAGUGAGUUGCUUGAAAAAAUUAAAGUCAAUCAAUCUUUAUUUAAAAUGGCAACAAUUUGCAACAAUUUUUCUCUCAAGACACCGUUACAAAAAGAGCUGGUCUAGACUAUAGAUUGUAUAUACUGUGGACAACUUGGUUCCGCCUCCCGCCUGUUUACGGAUUUGAAGCCAAAUAGCUUCAAUAGACCUAUACUGCAGCCCAUCAACAGAGAGUGCUGUUCUCGGAGUACUUUCACCCAGCAAGGACGCAGAUGCUGUCCAUUCUAUAUACAGUCUAUGGUCUAGACUAUACUUACUUUAUUAUCUUCAAAGAGCGAACACCGAGCUGAGAUAAGGCCGAGUCUUAUCUAGUCAGAAAAGACCUAUUCUUGUCUUAAUCUAACAGAGGUGACACACUUUGCAGCAUUUAGCAAGUUGCAUGGGUGGAGAGGAGAAACUCCCUUUAACAGGCAGAAACCAGGAGCAGAACCAGACUCAUGUUAGACAGUCAUCUGCUGCUAAUGCAUUGGGAUUGGAAGGGGGAAGUCAACAGGUUAAUAGUAGUCGCACAAACAGUAGUGUUUGUGUUAACAAUGCUGAUAAUGGGAACGAUAAAAUCAAUCAUAAGAGUUGGAACCAAAAGUAUUUGAUAUAAAUAUUAGCAUUGUAAUAGUGAAAAUAACAGUGAGACUAAUAGAAAUAUGUGAAUGAACUUUUGCUUUAUUAGCUGCAACAGUAUUCAAAGAGCUUUGAGACUUACCAUAUUAUAGUUUAAUAUUAAUAAUAUUUGAAAUAGUUUCACUAUGACACACCUGUAAACGUACUGUUAUUCUGCUGCAUACACUCUUCAUUGUCUGCUCUUUGAUAUGAAAGUUGUACUGUAUGUUAAGACUGUUUGCCGAUCACACAGUGCAGUCAUGGUGAUAGCGGUGAAAUGAUCAGACCUGUGCUGACUGCAGAUGUUUCUGUGUGUCUCCGGCCGCAGGUUGUCUGGAGAUUGCAGAGGAGUUUCGCUCUCAGGAGAUCGACGGUCAGGCUCUGCUGCUGCUGAAGGAGGAUCAUCUGAUGGGAACCAUGAACAUCAAACUGGGACCUGCGCUCAAGAUCUUCGCCCAGAUCAGCAUGCUCAAAGACUCGUAGCCCCCUCCUCUCCCCGCACACAAACACAAACACACACACACACAAACACACACUUUCUGGACAAACACGACGUGCUCAGGAUCCCAAACUACCUUUAAGUUGAUUCCAGGUGUCGGGCCAGGAUCAUUGUGUGGAUGUCGUCACGGCCUGCUGAAUAAACACGAGGACUCAGCUGAGACUUUUUUACACUGAUCACUUCACUGUGGAACCACUUCAGGAAAACUUCACCCCGUAGAGAAGAAAAACGUGUUAGGUAGGCUGUGAUGAGGUUUAUUCGAGAACCUGUUUGAAGUAUGUCUUACUGUAUCUUCAGUUUGCAGCUAGUGUCCUAUCUGUGUGGUAAUUCACUCAAACAAACACACCCUCUUUGUUUGAUUUCUGUGCAUCCUGAGCAGCAUUUAGUCCUAACUCAGACUAGUACUACCUAUCUGUCCUGACCUGCUUCUUCUGACAUUGAGUGGCUCAUGAAAUUCAUAACAAGGACAAAGUUAAAAAAAAGGAGAAAAACUUAAAUACAGUGUGUAUUUUUGUUUAAUUUUAUAUCAAGACUCAUGUGAUACCAAGAAUAGACUGUUUGAAUGUUAAAAGCCAAUAGUGCAGAUAUUUGAUUGUUCGAUUCAAACCAGUUUGUGUCUUUUUGACUGAUUAUAGCAGCUAUUACCAUUUACAGGGCAAACUACAGGUCAUCAAAGCAACAUACGGACACUGAAUUCAGUCUUCAGGUUGGAAGUUGUUAAAAAAAAAAGAGCUAAAUUAUGUGGGAGAGUUUGAAGGUUUCUUAACAAGAAACCAAGCUGACCAACAUCCCCAAAGGGGAAAACACUUACUAUUGAGAAAAAGGUCAUAAUACGCCACCUCAAAAUAACCAAACUGUCCCUUUUAGUCGAAUUAAAUGAGAGCACCAGAUAAAUGAAUGUUUUAGCCUGUUACUUCUUUGUCUUACACCGCAGACUGUAUUGGUCGUAGCUAAUCACACACCACAUGAGCUGUGGUGACAAAACCUUACUGUUACAGACUUUUUCUUGGUCUGGGUGUAAAGAGGAUCAAAUACAGAUAUUUUCUGAUUAGAUAUGUUUGAUUGAUCUCAAUUUAUUUUGUACUAAAACCAAACCCUAUUCCUCUAAGGUUGCCAAUGUAACUACAAGUUUAACUCCUCAUGUAGGGGAGAAACUCCAGGUCAAAGCUGAUUUAUACUUCUGUGUCUCACUGUCUCUAUUAUGGUGCUAGACAUACAAACAUGAUCGCUUAAUAUUGUGUUAAUGCUUGUUUUAAUAGUUUGUGGGUUGCAGUGAUUAACUUCUUCCAGUUUAAGGGACUUAAUAGUCUUUCCUUCAUGUGUCCAGGGCUUGCUGAUGACAAACAUUGGAGCUUUUAUUUAAAGUUUUAUUAAUGCACUCUCUGCUCAUCCCUACUGCUAAAGUUCUGAAACAAAAGGGAUCAAAUGUGGCUUUAAUGAUCAGUCAGGUUUAGCAGAGGCUUUGUCUCACCUUGUAAGAGUAUUAUUGGGCGUCAUUUUCCUGCUUAGGACUUCUAUCGUAACAAGUUGACAGCAAGUGUUAGUCUAAAGGUGAUUUCACUGAAUUUAUGCAGCUUUAAAAAACGACAAAGUGGUCCCUCCACUUCUACGCUUGGUAGAGUUUCAAGCAGCCGUAAUCUUAUCAGUCAACGUCUAACUUUUCAUUUACAGUAAAGUAAACUUUGGUGUUUUUCUGUUUACACUGUAAAGGUGCAGAAAUAACAACAGCAGCUCUUACCUGUAAUGGUUCAGCUUGCUCUUGUCUUCUUAGUCAACCUGCCCUGAAACUCUGCCAAAGCUCAUCAAGUGUCAGGUCUUUUGCUUACUUUGCAUCUGUUUUCUUCAAUUUGGUAGAUGUCUCUUUCACUCAGCCCUUUCUCUUAUAGUGAGCUGUCAACCACCAAUCGAAAGUUUUCUUCACUGCAAUUGAAUUGAGAGAAAAUUUGAAAAUAUCCUGUUAAAUUGACAGUUUUGUCACAUUUUCAACAGGCAAAGGUAAAAUCAUAAACAGUUCUUUCAUUUCAUGGAUUAAUCAGAUAUGAAUAAAGAAUUAAUAACCAUUGCCUAAGGGGGGUUUGACCAAUCAGAAUUAAGUAUCUGACACAUUGUAACAUUAUUUAAAAUUAUUAAAUAAUUGAUCAACAUUUGUUCUCAUUGUUGAGAAUCAGACCCCCUUUUUAAUGAGGUUUUGACCGAUUAGAAUCAGUGUGAAGCAUGUCCAGGUAACAAACUGAUCAGAUUUACACUUAGAGCAGCUACAUAAUUAACGCUAUGAACAUCACAGUGUAUUAAAAAGCCCCAAAACUAACAUUUAACAUUUUUCACACAGUGAAGUCUCCUGCUCGCCUUGCUCGUCAGACCUGGAGGAUUAUUUAGCCUCUUCUUUCUGUAGUCUCUGCUCAUGAGAGGAGACAGCCAUGAGUGCCUUCGUUGACACGCUGACACAGAAGUAUAAUUCAGGCCUAAUGAACUCAUAAUCUUUGAGUCAUUUCAUCCAUUCAUCUACUUCUACCAUAUUGCUGAACUUCUGAAAUUAACCCUGACCCUCCUUUUCACCUUGAUGAAACAUGUUUUUUUUUUUUUAAAGGUUUUAUUUUUUUCUACAUAUGAAAAGAAACGGCUGCAUGUAGUUCAUUCUGAUAAAAACUGAGCCAUCGUUUUUUCCCUCAGACACCCUGUUGUAUUCAUUAUUCUUCAGAAUCACCAAAAUCUGUUUGUGUCAUUUCCUGGUUAUGUUUGAAAUGAUGCUGUGAGAAAAGAUGUCAUUGUUUUUUUCCCUUUUUGAUACAGAAAACCAAAUUUUCACUCUGAAAAUAAAACCUUUGGAUAAUUUCUU